AUCGCAUUAAAUAAUGCAAGUGUCCCACUCUUUAUCGGGACCAGGCCUCACGAGGUGCACCACAUUCAAGAUAGAAUUAGAAACACGACGUUAGUUGAGAUUGAACCCCUUGAUGAAGAAAAGCAAAUCGAGUUUCUGAAGAAAGUGGCAGGAAAGAAUAAGCAAGAAAUCGAAAAACGGAGGAAAAUCUUCAAAGAUCAAGGUAUUCUGGGAAACCCACUCUAUCUCUCCAUGUUGGCCGAGUACAAAGGUGAUGGAAACUUGUUUGACAUGUUUGACAAAAUAGUGCGGCACAAAGUAGAAAUUUGUUUGGUAAGAGAAAAUGGUGGCAAAGAUGUCGGAGAGGAGGUUAUUGACAAAUCUUUGAAAUUCAUUCAAUUGGUGGCCUCCCGUUUUGUGAGAGGAAUGAAGAUCGACCAAGGCAGCGUAAGAAAAGAAGAUUUGGAAAAGAUGUACGCUUUUGGAGUUGUGACAUAUUACAAUGACACAGUAAAUUUCACUCACCAAACGUUUGCAGAAUUUCUCACCGCACGAAAAUUCCUAUAUGAUUUGAAAAAUCCAUUAGAUGAAGAAGUGCCCUUGUUCAAUGAUGAAUUGAUGCAGUGCAGGAAAUUCGUUGACCUCUUCUUUUCUACGGAGAAGGGGAAGCACGCAUCCUACGCAGAGGCUUUUGCAUAUUGUGCUAAAUCAACCGAGCCUUUGAAAUUAAUCAACCAAAUUUGCGGAGAGAAUUUGUCACAAAUGUUCAAGUUGCUCAACCCCGAUCUCUCAUUAAAAGAUAAAGACGGAAAAAACGCUUUGCACUUCGCUUUGCAACACCUUGAAAUGGUCAAGAUAGUGCACGAAAAAAACAGCAAAUUAGCGAAUGAAACAACCAAGUACAAAGAAAGCUGUCUCCACCUGGCGAUUGCUGACGAAAAAUGCAGCGAGGAAGUGGCUCUUUGGCUCUUGCAAAACGCUGACGUGGACAAAAACGCUGAAACCAUAAUUCAAGACACACCGCUUCUGCUGGCUUGUGAAACAAAAAAAUGGGAAGUGGCACAACUGCUUUUAUCGAAGUACAAUGUUGAAGUAAAAAAAUGGAGUCUAGGAGAAAUAUCAAUUUUGCUCCAUGUUGUCCAGUCAAACAAUUUAAAUUUAGUUCGAGCAGUUCUUGGUAAGGGCGCCAAUGUCAAUUUGAAAAAUGAUUAUGGAAUAACACCUCUUCACGUUGCUGCUUGUUGUAACAAAAAUCCAGAUAUAAUUAACAUUUUGAUUGAAAAUGGUGCUAAAGAUACCACAGAAAGCGAAUACGAGUUGUCCAGUCUGCAUUUGGCCGCUUUAUAUAACCCAGUUCUAGAAAUUAUCCAAAGGCUGCUCGAAAAUGGUGCCGACGUUCAUUCAAAAGAUAUGGAAGAUCUAACAGCCCUUCACCUAGCUGCUGGGUAUAACAAAAAUCCAGAAAUAUUGAAAACUUUACUUCAAAAUGGUGCCAAAGUAAACGCAAACGACUUUAACAAAUGGAACGCACUGCAUUGCGCCGCUAGUUUUAACCCAGUUACAGAAUUUAUCCAAGAGUUGCUUGAAAACGGAGCCGACGUUGAUUCACGAAAUAAGGAUGGAAAUACAGCCCUUCACCUAGCUGCUGCCUAUAACAAAAACUCUGAAAUAGUGAAAAUAUUGCUUGAAAAUGGUGCUAAAGUAAACGCAAAAAACAAUGCAGAGUGGACCGCACUGCACUUGGCCGCAAGACAUAACCCAGUUGCAGAAAUGGUCCAAAAGCUUCUCGACAACGGCGCAGAAGUUCAUUCUAAAGUGUUAGAAGGAUUAACACCUCUUCACCUUGCUGCUGGGUUUAACAAAAACCCUGAAAUAGUCAAAAUUUUGCUUGAAAAUAGCGCCAACGUAAACGCACAAAACGAUACUAAAUGGACCGCAUUGCAUUUCGCCGCUGAAUAUAACGAAGCUGCAGAAAUGGUCCAAAAGCUCCUCGACAACGGCGCCGACGUACAUUCAAAAGGUCCAGAUGGAUGCACAGCCCUUCACCUUGCUGCUGGGUGUAACAAAAACCCAGAAAUAGUCAAAAUUUUGCUUGACAAUGGCGCCGAAUUAGAUGCACAAGACAAUAAAAAAAGGACCGCACUGCAUUGCGCCGCUAAUUUUAACCAAGUUGUAGAAGUUAUCCAAGAGUUGCUUGAAAACGGAGCCGAUGUUGAUUCACAAGAACAUAGAGGAAAUACAGCACUUAACCUAGCUUCUGGCUGGAACGAAAACCCUGAAAUAGUGAAAAUUUUACUUGAAAAUGGUGCCAAAGUAAACGAAAAUGACAAUAAUAAAAGUACCGCACUGCAUUACGCCGCUAAAUUCAACCCAGUUGCAGAAAUUGUCCAAAAUCUUCUCGACAAUGGCGCCGACGUCCACUCAAAUUGUCUAGAAGGAUUAACAGCCCUUCACCUUGCUGCUGGGUUUAACAAAAACCUAGAAGUAGUGAAAAUCUUGCUUGAAAAGGGUGCAAAUGUAAACGCACAAAGCAAUGAUCACUGGACCGUACUACAUUACGCCGCUAAAUUUAACCCAAUUGCAGAAGUUGUCCAGAAACUGGUCAAAAACGGCGCCGACGUCCAUUCCCAAGAUCAAGAAGGGUCAUCAGCUCUUCACCUAGCUGCUAGAUGGAAUGAAAACCAAGAAAUAGUUAAAAAUUUGCUUCAAAAUGGUGGUGUAGUAAACGCAAAUGACAAUAAUAAAUAUACCGCACUGCAUUGCGCCGCUAAAUUCAACCCAAUGGCAGAAGUUAUCCAAGUGUUGCUCGAAAACGGAGCUAACGUUGAGUCACAAAAUAAAGAUGGAAAUACAGCCCUUCACCUGGCUGCUGGAUGGAACAAAAACCCAGCAAUAGUGACAAUUUUGCUCCAAAAUGGUGCCAAAGUAAACGAAAAUGACAAUACAAAAUGGACCGCACUGCAUUACGCCUCUAAAUUCAACCCAGUGGCAGAAAUGGUCCAAGAGUUGCUCGACAAUGGCGCCAACGUUCAGUCGCAAGAUGAAAAUGGUUUAUCCGCCCUUCACCUAGCUGCUGGCUGGAACGAAAACCCUGAAAUAGUGAAAAUUUUAUUUGGACAUAAAGCCGAAGUAAACACAGAAGACAAUAAAAAAUCAACAGCACUGCAUUUGGCCGCUAAAUUCAACCCAGUUGCAGAGGUUAUCCAAGAGCUUCUCGACAACGGCGCCGACGUUCAUUCAAAUGGUCUAGAUGGAUUAACAGCCGUUCACCUUGCUGCUGGGUAUAACAAGAACCCUGAAAUAGUGAAGAUAUUGCUUCAAAAUGGUGCCAAAGUAAACGCAAUUGACAACAAUAAAUGGACCGCACUGCAUUACGCCGCUAAAUUUAACCCAAUUGCAGUAGUUAUCCAAGAGUUGCUUGAAAACGGAGCCAACGUUAAUUCACAAGAUUGUAGAGGAAAUACAGCCCUUAACCUAGCUGCUGGAUGGAACAACAACUCGGAAAUUAUAACAAUUUUGCUUCAAAAUGGAGCUAAAGUAAACGAAAAUGACAAUAAUAAAUUUACCUCACUGCACUACGCCGCUAAAUUCAACCCAGAUACAGAAUUAGUCCAAAAACUUAUCGACAACGGCACCGACGUUCAUUCAAAAGACCAAGAAGGAUUAACACCCCUUCACCUUGCUGCAGGGUUUAACAAAAACCCAGAAUUAGUGACAAUAUUGCUUGAAAAUGGCGCCAACGUCAACUCACAAAGCAAUACUAAAUGGACCGCAUUGCAUUUCGCCGCUGAAUAUAACGAAGCUGCGGAAAUGGUCCAAAAGCUCCUCGACAAUGGCGCCGACGUUCAUUCAAAAGGUCCCGAAGGAUUAACAGCCCUUCACCUUGCUGCUGGGUGUAGUAAAAACCCAGAAAUAGUUAAAAUUUUGCUUCAAAAUGGUGCCGAAGUAAACGCAGAACAAAAUAGUAAAUGGACAGCACUGCAUUACGCCGCUGAAAAUAACCACAAUGAAGAAAUAGUCCGAAAGUUGCUCGAAAACGGCGCCGACGUUCAUUCACGAAAUCAAGACGGAUUAUCAGCUCUUCACCUAGCUAUUGAGGGGAAUGAAAAUCGAGAAAUAAUAAAAAUUUUGCUUGACAAUGGUGCUAAAGUUAAUGCGCAAGACAAUAAAAAAUUAACCGCUCUGCAUUACGCCAUUAGAAGCAACAAAGUUGCAACUGUGGUCGAAAAUCUGCUCGACAAAGGCGCCGAAGUUAAUUCAAAAACAAUCACGGGACAAUCAGCCAUUCACCUAGCUGCAAUGUAUAAUAAAAAUGCAGAAAUUUUGCAAAUUCUGCUCGACAAAGGUGCCAAAGUAAACGCAAAAGACAUUGAUGAUUGGACCGCACUGCAUUACGCCGCUAGAUAUAACCCAGCUUCAAAUAUCAUCCAAAAAUUGCUCGAAAACAGCGCCGACGUUCUUGCACAAAGUACGGAUGGAUUAACGGCACUUCACCUAGCUGCUAGGUGGAACACAAACCCCGAAAUAGUGAAAGUUUUGCUGGAAAAAGGUGCCAAUGUAAACGCACAAAAUAAUAACAAGUGGACCUCACUGCAUUUAGCCGUUAGAUAUAAUCCAACUUCAGAAAUUGUCCAAAUGCUGCUCGAAAAUGGCGUCGACGUUCAUUCACAAAUUAAAGAUGGAUAUACAGCCCUUCACUUAUCUGCGAUGUAUAAUAAAAACCCAGAUAUUUUGAAAAUUUUGCUUCAAAAUGAUGCCAAAGUGAACGCACAAGACAAUAAUACAUUUACCGCGCUCCAUUUGGCUGCUAGAUUUAACCCAACUCGAGAAAUCGUCCAAAAUCUGUGCGAAAAUGGUGCUGACGUUCUUUUAGAAAUUGAAGCUGGAUUAACAGCACUUCACCUAGCUGCUGGGUGGAAUGAAAACGCAGAUAUUGUGAAAACUUUACUUGAAAAUGGUGCCAAAGUAAACGCACAAAACAAUGAUAGAGUGAGCGCACUGCAUUUUGCAGCUAGAUUUAACCCAGCUUCAGAAAUAAUCCAAAUGCUGCUCGAAAACGGCGCUGACGUUCAUUUACAUGAUCAAGAUGGAUAUACAGCCCUUCAGCUAGCUGCUGAGUACAAUACAAACCCGGAAAUAGUGCAAAUUUUGCUCGCCAAUGGUGCAAAAUUAAACGAAACAUGACAGUGGCAUAUUAAAUGUUUAGCCCAGCUUCAUGUGGUUCACAACUACUUAAAAAAGGGUCUGUGUAGCUAAAAGUUACUUUUUAAUCAAUAUAAUAUAUUAUUAUCUUAUAGUGUUCGUUUAGAUAUAUGAUUUAUGUUUCGAAUUAC